AUGUUCGCGCUGCCAACGCACAAUCUGCGCACAAACUGGUCCCGUUGGACACCUUCAGACCCCAUGUGGCAUCAACCCGACAACAUCUAUAUCUCUUCUCCCUCUCUCGCCCCUGCCAAGAUUCCCGCGCCGACCUCCACCCCCCGUCAGCUCUCACCCUCUAUCCACACCACCCGUCAGGCCCCAUCAUCUCCACCGACCGCAGCGGCCAGCAUUACCACCACCACGACUUCACGCACUCCCCCAGCGAUGGGACGACACCCACCUUCUACCGCCAUCAACACUCCCACCUCCAGCGAUGUGGAUUUGGUUCAUACCUACCCCCAUGGCAAUUGA